GAUGUUCAGCGCUUUGUAUAAAAGGUGCGCCACAGGAAGGGUUUGAUUCUCCCUCUAUACUGACGUUCUAACUGAAGUGUCAGAAUUUUCCCUUUAAGUAACUGAAAACUGUUGUUUCCGCAAAUGCGAUUAAAAUCAGUUUCUACACAAUUAUAUCGCUAUUACACAUCUAGUUUUCUUUGGAAAUUCUCAAACUAUCCUAAUAGAUGUUUGUAUACAUAUCCCUCGAGUACUCGCAGAGUCCUUUGGAGUUUGAACACAAUCCAACCUAAAAACUUUUGUUGUUCAGAUACUGUAACAAACCCACAGUCAACAUUGCCAGUUGCUGUCACAUCAGAUAACUCUGAAUUGUCAGAUGAUCAAGAUGAAAUUAAAGGAAAGAUGUACAUUGAAUUCACAUGCAAGAAGUGCACUACUCGGUCAAGUAAAUAUUUUUCUAAGUUGGCCUAUGAAAAAGGCAUAGUUAUAAUUCGUUGUGAUGGGUGCCAGAGUUUACAUCUAAUUGCUGAUAACCUGGGAUGGAUUAAAGACAAACAUUGGUUGGUUGUUCUUUUGCCUUGUAAAGUUAUUGUUAUUAAUUAUAGGAAAUUAGAGGAUUGCGUAAAGGUUAAUAAAAAAUCAGUAUGUAUAGCUUAAAUGCACAUUUUGAGACAGAAACCAUUGUGAUCAAGUUGGUUAAGCUUUACUUAUGUACAUCUGUAAUAACACACCAUCCAACAAGAUCAGUCUCCUCAAUCAAUGUAUCUUGAACUCAUGUUUACAUUGUAUAGUGUAAAUAGAAUAAUAAUAAAAUCUCUAAAAAGU